ACCAUCUACACGGCCGGACGGCCGCCCUGGUACAGCGAGACCGGAGCGCCCGUGGACGAGGCCUUCGUCAUCGGCCUGUGUGGUGGUAGCGCCUCGGGCAAGACGACAGUGGCAACGCGGAUCAUCGAGGCACUGGAUGUGCCCUGGGUCGUGCUGCUCUCCAUGGACUCCUUCUACAAAGUGCUGGAUGAGGGGCAGCAGGCGCUGGCAGCCCGCAGUGACUACAACUUCGACCACCCCGAUGCCUUCGACUUUGAGCUGCUUGUCAGCGUCCUCCAAAACAGUGUAUGGAGCCAACGUCAUCGUCUUCGAAGGGAUCCUGGCCUUUGCCAACAAGGAGCUGCUGAAGCUCCUGGACAUGAAAGUGUUUGUGGACACGGACUCCGACAUCCGGCUGGUGCGGCGGCUGCAGCGCGACAUCAUGGAGCGCGGCCGCGACAUUGUGGGUGUCAUCAAGCAGUACAACAAGUUUGUCAAGCCGGCCUUCGAGCAGUACAUUGAGCCCACCGUGCAGGUCGCCGAUAUCGUGGUGCCCAGGGGUGGGGAAAACUCUGUGGCCCUGGACCUUAUUGUGCAGCACGUGCACAGCCAGCUGGAGAAGCGUGAGAUCACUGUCAGGGCAGCCUUGGCCUCUGCCCACCAAGGACAGCCGCUGCCGAAGACACUGAGUGUCCUGGAGAGCACGCCGCAGGUGCGGGGCAUGCACACCAUCAUCAGGAACAAGGACACCACCAGGGAUGAGUUCAUCUUCUACUCCAAGCGCCUGAUGAGGUUGUUGAUUGAACACGCCCUCUCCUUCCUGCCACUGAAGUCAGUCACUGUGGAGACGCCCCAGGGGACCAUGUAUGAAGGGAAGCGGUUCCACAGGCAGAGGAUCACUGGCGUGUCCAUCCUGCGCGCGGGGGAGACAAUGGAGCAGGCCCUGACUGCGGUCUGCAAAGACAUCCGCCUGGGCAAGAUCCUCAUCCAGACCAACCAUGACACAGGGGAGCCCGAGCUCCACUACCUGCGCCUGCCCAAGGAGAUCAGCGAGGACUACGUCAUCCUGAUGGACAGCACCGUGUCCACCGGCGCUGCUGCCAUGAUGGCCGUGCGUGUCCUGCUGGACCACGAUGUCCAGGAGGACAGGAUCUUCUUGCUGUCGCUGCUGAUGGCAGAGAUGGGGGUGCACUCUGUGGCCUAUGCCUUUCCCCGCGUCCGCAUCAUCACCACCGCCGUGGACAAGCGGAUCAACGAGGAGUUCCACAUCAUCCCAGGCAUUGGUAAUUUUGGGGACAGAUACUUCGGCACUGAUGGACCCUCUGCCUGGUGCGAGAACGAUGGCACACACUGCUGAGCUGGCAGGCCAGGGGGCCACUGCCCAGGCUGGCUACAGGGCUGGUCCCCCCACCUCUGCUGCCCAGAGGGGCUCCGAGCUGCUGUGCCUGCCCACCCACCCACAGCAUGGCCCCCCAAGACAAGACCCUCGCUGCCAGUUCUCCCUAUUCAGCCCUGGGGGGCUAAUUACCCCACAAAGGUGGGGAGGGAGGGAUGGUGUUUCAUGCAGCCCAGGGAAGUGGGGGUCUUCCUUGCCCCCACCACACUGACUUGCCUCUAUGUCCUGGGCCAGCUGUGCCUCUAGGGGGAGCGGUGGUCUCCCUGUGGUGCGUUUCCUGAGGGGCCGGUCACCCUCUCUCGGGGGGGGGAGAGGGACAGGGUCUGGUCCCCUGGAGGCUCCCCUUGGGCCCCAGUGGGGGGGCUGGGCAGGCUCCCUGGCUGGAAUCUGUAUUUAUUGUAUUUAUUUUGAGCAGCGGCCCCCCGCGGGGCUGGCAACUGAACAACAUCAGGGACGGGGGCUCUGCUCAAGGAGCCACCGUGUCCCCCCAUCCCACACUCCAUCCCCUUCCCGUGCCGGGGGGCAGGGGCUGCCGGCAUCCUCGGGUUUGACAUUCAAACGCUUUAAGGGGGCCGUCCCGGGGAUCCCCCCGGCUACCCCCCGGCGGUCCCUUGUCCCUCGUCCCUCCCCCGGCCCCCCCCCGCCCUCCUUGUUGCUCAGGUUCUUUGAAGGGCAGCAGCGGCCACGUGUCCCCGCAGAGGGCUCCCGGGGGCCAGAGCUCCUUGCUGGCUGCCACCCCCGGGCGCUGCCCCCUCCCCGCUGCCCCCCCGCCUUCGUUUUGUACCCCAAUAAAGGAGCAGCGGGACCCGGAGCUGCCGCCUCGUACGGGGAU